AUGCCAAAAGUGGGUACUGUAUUAGGUAUCGGUGUUGAUAUUGUGAAUUCUACCCGAUUUGAAAGAUUGUUAACCGCGAAAAGCACGUCUUUCGGGACAAGGCUAUCCAAACGAAUUCUUCACCCAGAACACGAAUUGCCAUUGUUUCAGCAGAUGCAUUCCCAACGACAGGUUCAGUAUCUAACCGGAUCUUGGGCGGCAAAGGAAGCAUUGUUCAAGACGUUGGAUUUCAAAGCACAAAAAGAGUUUAACUUCAACCAAUGGUACCGCUUUCAUGAUUCGAACGGGAAGCCGUUUAUUUGGAACGACUUCUACAAAUUACCUGAUGAAGAAUUCCAUCUCAGUAUCUCACAUGAUGACUCUCAUGUAGUUGCUACAGUGCUUCGUCAAAAGGUUUACCAAAUCUAA